AUGGGCAAGCUCCAUGGAAGUGACGCCGGAUUUGGGGGCUCGCUAUUGCUGUUGAGUGAUAAGAUUGACGCUUUAAGUUCUUCUGCCACAGUACCGGAAAAUUACAAUUUUUACACGACGCAAAUCUUCCGGAGACUCGCAAAUUCAGAGAACUCCAAGCUGUGGAUGAGAUUGCACACAUGCAACCCCUUGAAGAUGUCCAUGAUUUCAUGUAAAGAAUUGCUUCAAUUUCGCCACACAGAGCCACUUGCGAAGAUCAUCACCAAGGUAGAGAAAGUUCAUAGCUUCAUGCACGAAUGGCAAUUUGGCGGAUGGGCCAGUCGUGCAAAUUCUGCACUCCCUCUUUACGACAAUUUGACUGCUACAAUAGUAAAUUGGCGUCGUCUCGAAUUAUCAACAUGGGCCAAAUUUGCGACGACGAUUGCAAGAUCCUGGUGGUUCGUCGCGUACCAGACAAUCGUUGCCGGUCCACUCACAAUAUGUGAGUCUGUUGAAGAACUCAAAGCUUAUGCUCAAAAGCUCCUACAAGAUCUUGGCACCUAUUUCUCAACAGCUAUAAUGGGCCAAUAUGUGCAACGUCUCAAGUUAUUGAAGCAACUAGAGAAACACGUUGAUCUCCUAGUAUUGGACUAUCCAAACCUUUCUAUAAUUGCGAGCGCUAUGGCCAAUUUCAUCGCUCUUUAUUCGAGGUACGAAAAGUCACUUGAAGAGGGGCCGGGUAUCGCUAGAGAAAGCUAUGCGCGAUGUGCUACUUCUUGCAGUUGGAAAGACACAAAUAUUGUUGCUUUACGCGACAGUGCCAAGAGGUCUCAUCACAAGCUCUUCAAAAUUGUUCGAAAGUAUCGAGCACUCCUUGGCCAACCUAUGGACUCACUUAUCAAGCAAGGACUCCCUGAUGAAGUCGCUGCCAAUGAAGCCGGCAUAACCUACCUCCCCCCAACACAAUUUCCAACUGUCGACCAAUCUGCCCUCGCAUUAUGUGCUUCCAUGGUUCCUAGUUGGACACAGAAACCCAAGAGAUUUAUCAAUGUGUCUAACACCGUCAGUAUGAUGGUAGACAAAAGUCAAUUGCUUGCGUCUUCAGUGGAUGGAUCAAGCUACCUUGAGUCAUUCCUCGAGAACAUCAUCACGUCAACUUCGGAGUUACAAAAGGCCACCCCAUCGAUCCUUACGGAAGACAACAAAGAUACUGUUAAACAUCUUAAAUCUCAAAAACGCAAACUUUUCGCAGAUACAUUGAAAGAUCUUCGUCAAAUGGGAAUCAAAUAUAACUUGGGUGCCAACGCACUUGCCAAGCAAGACUCACUGUCUCUCGUUCUGGCAAACACGAAUUAUAUCUCUCCAGACGGCUCUCAAGAUCUAGAGUACUACUUUCACAAGACAGUGGAGCUCGCUCCAAGAGCAAGAGAGGCAUCAAGACAACAUUCUGACGAUCUAAGUGGCGCAGAGGUAGCUAGAAGUACUGGAUUCUUGGAAGGCCUGUUGCAAGCUCUCUUGGACCAACGCAACAGUCUCUCAAAUGCAAUGAGAAACAUGAAGGUCUUGCGAAAUAUCAUCAAAAUGGCGAAGGGUCUUUGGGCUCCGGAAACAUAUGAGCUCAAGACAGCUAGCACAAUCUCUAAUCAUGAGAAUGUCCUGCAGUGGUUGCCGAAUAUCCUGAGUGUCGGACUGGAGCUUAUUAACACGCAUGCAAAACUUGGAAAGGUUGAUGCUAAGCCAGUUGUGGAAAGCUUGUCCUCGUGGAAAUAUAUACUCGUUGACCUUCGGACCAGAUGGUCUUCGUCGUCUGUUCUGCCAUCUGGCAUUGUGUCAACUCAACGCCUAGAGCUCGAGAUGGCUAUCAAUGAUGCCACUGAGCAGCUAACAAUUGAUUUGGGCAAUCUCAUCGAGCAGCGUCCAGACUUAGGAUUCAUUCUUGAUCAGAUCUUACCUUGGACUGUCAUCAAUUCAUCAUCGGCUACAGCUAUUUCUACAGAGGCUCUCCUGGAAGAUCUCGACCAGAAGCUUUCCACUGUUUGCAACACAAUUUUAGCCGCCAUGGAGAAAUAUCACAAAUGCAUUGGUGAUCUGCCGACGUCAACUGAAGAUCAAGGUUGGCUCAUCAAGAGCGAUACUACCCUCGUAAACAGCAUCAAAGCUCUCCACUGUGACAAUGUUGCUGGGCAAAUCAGGCAGUCUUUUGCUAUCCUUCAACGCCUCAAUCUUGCAGAUAACAAUGUUAGUCGAAGCGCUGGUGCGAUAUUUGCAGUUGCCCUUCCAAUCAUCCAACAAUACUAUAACACAUUGGAAGAAAGCAUUGCUCGAUACGCUACUUUACAUCGUUCAACAUGCAAGACUUCAUACAUUCUUGCCAAGACUUUUACACAAAUCGCAUCACAAGGUUUCUGUACACCAUCAGAGAAACAAGAUGCGCAAGAUGGCAAGACCGAGAAAUUGGAAGGGGGUACUGGACUUGGCGAUGGAGAAGGUGCUGAGGAUAUAAGCAAAGAUGUUGGAGAAGAUGAAGAUCUUGAUGAGUUGGCUCAGGAACCAAACAAGGAAGAGAGAGGAGAAAUUGAAGAUGAACAAGAUGCGGUUGAUAUGGCUGAUGGCGAGAUGGAAGGUCAAAUGGGAGAAGCUGAAGAGAAAGAAGACGAGGAUGGCUCGGGAGAUGAAGAGAAAGAUGGUGAUGAGAUGGAUGAGGAAGCUGGAGAUGUGGAUGAUUUGGAUCCUAACGCAGUAGAUGAGAAGAUGUGGGAUGGUGAUAAUGAGCAAGCUGAGAAAGAUCAAGAAGGGGAUGAAUCCAAAGGAAAGGCUUCCAAAGACGAACAAGUCGCGGCUCAAGAAAAUAACAAAGAAUCUGGAGAGGGCGAUGAGGGUAAUGAUGGGGAAGAAGAGGAGGAGAUGGCAGGAGCUGAGCAAAGCGAGGAGGUUCAGCAACAAGACGAUGUAGAAAAGCAUGACCCACAUGCCGAUGAAGGGGAUGCUUUGGAUUUACCUGAUGAUAUGCAAUUGGAUGGAGAAGAGAAAGAGGGGAGCGAUGGUAGUGAUGAUGGGAUGGAUGACGGGAUGGAUGAUCUUCCAGAUAUGGAAGACGAGGCCAAAGAAACAGAUGAAGUUGCAAAUGAUGGAAAGGAAGAAGCGGAUGCUGAAAAUGCCGAUGGCCAGGAAGAUCAAGAUAUGGGCGAUGAGAUGGAUAUUAUUGAUUUGGAUGAGGAGAAAAAUGAAGAAGGGGAGAAGACUGAAGAGGCCGGCGAGAAAGGGGAUCAAGAACCAGAAGAGGAACAACAACCGGAAGAUCAAGAAGGUUUGUUGCGUGAUCGCGAGGAUGAAGCAACAGCCGAUACCGAGAACGCUGUUCCAAGUGAUGUUCAAGGCGUUGGCGAGGAUCAGGACGAUAAUGAAGCCGAUAAAAAUGCCGACUCCAAUAGCAAGGCUCAAAGAGAUGAUGGUGGUCAAGGUGGCGACUCAUCUGAGAACAAACAAUCAGCUGCCGAAGAUGGUGAAAAGGGUCGACAAGCUGCAGGUGAUGCACCACAGAACACUCAAGAUGAUACUGAAGAUAGCCCUACUGCGCAGCCAUUUAAGAAGCUUGGAGAUGCUCUCGAGAAAUGGCAUCGUCAACAAUCCCAAAUCAGAGAGCCUACUGAGCAACAAGACCAAGCUCAAGAUCAGAACAUUGAUAUGGGAACAGAAAGCAAUGAAUUCCAACAUUUGCAAGACGAAGACGCUGAAGCGGACACUCAAGCCUUAGGUACUGCUACAGAGGAACAAGCUCAUGCUCUUGAUGAAUCUAUGGCUGUCGAUCCGGAAACUCAAGAGAUGCCAGAAAUAUUCCAGCCAGAUGAAGUUGAGAAAGAUGUCAUUGAUGAAGAUGUUAUGGAUCUCGAAGAUGAUACUCCAGAACCAAAGGAACCCUCCAACGCGUAUGAAGGUCGAGCAGGAGCUUCUAUCCAUCAAGCCAAUAACAAUAUGGAUGAAAAUAUGGACGACAAUACUCACGCUCAAGCCAAUGAGGACAUGGAUGAAGAUAUCGAAGAAGUUGACACACAACUCGACAACACUCAUCUUGAUCCUAAUACUACUGUUUCUGUUCGAUCUGCAACCGAAGCUCGGGCCCAAUGGACUCAUUACGAAUCGAUCACGCGACCACUUUCCCUUUCCUUGACUGAGCAACUUCGAUUAAUCCUCGCUCCUACCUUGGCAACUAAAAUGCGAGGUGAUUUCCGUACUGGUAAACGUCUUAACAUCAAACGGAUCAUUCCUUACAUUGCCUCUUCAUUCAAGCGCGAUAAGAUUUGGAUGCGUCGUAGUAUCCCCUCCAAACGUUCUUACCAAAUCAUGCUCGCCGUCGACGACUCCAAAUCCAUGGGAGAAUCCGGUUCCGGAAGUCUCGCAAUGGAGACAUUAGUCAUGAUUUCAAGAUCUCUCGCUAUGCUUGAGGUUGGCGAGAUAUGCGUUGUUGGAUUUGGAGAGAACGUUAAGGUGGCACAUGAAUUCGAUGUGCCCUUUAGUUCUGAGGCUGGACCUGUUAUUUUCGAGAAUUUCGGAUUCGAGCAAUCGCGAACAGAUAUUACAAGACUCAUUCGCGAGAGUAUCAAUCUGUUCCGCACUGCUAGACAAAAAGCAUCAUCAUCUCCAGCGGAUCUUUGGCAAAUUUCUUUGAUCAUCUCAGAUGGCGUUUGUAGUUCUUCUGAACACGAUAAUAUCAGACGAUUAUUGAGAGAAGCGGAGGAGGAAAGAAUACUAAUGGUAUUUGUGAUUGUGGAUGAUGUGAGAACUAAGAAGAAGGGAGAAAGUGUUUUGGAUCUCAAGGAAGCAAAGUUUGUGAACAAUGAGAUGACAGGAAGAAGUGAAGUGAAGAUUGAGAGAUAUCUGGAUACUUUCCCAUUCAGAUAUUAUGUUGUAGUCGGAGAUGUAGGAGAGUUGCCAGGUGUGUUGGCGGGAGUAUUGAGACAGUGGUUUGGGGAGGUUGUUGGUAGUGGUUGA